GCAGCCGGGCACCGGGAGACAGCGCCGCUCCGCGCCCUUCGGCCGCCGGGACCCGCGGGGCGGCGGCGGACGGCGGCGGAGAGGGACGAGGAGGAGGAGGAGGAGGAGGAAGAGGAGAAGGAUGCUGCGCGCCUUGGUGGCAGUGUCCCUGUGGCUGCGGGUGAGCCCGCGGGCGCAGGGCGCGCCGUGCGAGGCGGUGCGCAUCCCCAUGUGCCGCUCCAUGCCCUGGAACAUCACCCGCAUGCCCAAUCACCUCCACCACAGCACCCAGGAAAACGCCGUCCUCGCCAUCGAACAGUACGAGGAACUGGUGGCCACUGGCUGCAGCCCGGUCCUGCCCUUCUUCCUCUGCGCCAUGUACGCCCCCAUCUGCACCCUGGAGUUCCUCUACGACCCCAUCAAGCCGUGCCGCUCCGUCUGCCAGCGCGCCCGCGACGGCUGCGAGCCCAUCAUGCGCCGAUACAACCACAGCUGGCCCGAGAGCCUGGCUUGCGACGAUCUCCCCGUCUACGACCGCGGUGUCUGCAUCUCCCCAGAGGCCAUAGUCACCGACCUGCCGGAGGAUGUGAAGUGGACGGACUUCACGCAGGGCAUGAUGCUGCCGGACAGACCCCUGGAGCCCGACUGCAGGAGCCGUGGCCAGGAGCGGUGCAGGUGCAAAAAGACAAAGCCUACGCUGUCAAACUACCUGGCCAAGAACUACAGCUACAUCAUUCACGCUAAAGUAAAAAGUGUAGAAAGAGGGAACUGCAAUGAGAUAACAACUGUGGUUGAAGUCAAAGACAUACUUAAAUCUUCAACACCAAUUCCUCUGUCCCAAGUGCCUCUUCUUACAAAUUCCUCCUGCCAAUGUCCGCCUCUUCAACCGAAGCAGGAUGUUCUCAUCAUGUGCUAUGAGUGGCGCUCAAGGUUAAUGCUUCUUGAUGGAUGUCUAGUUGAAAAAUGGAAGGAUCAACUAAACAGAAGAUUUAAGAGAUGGGAGCAGAGACUGCAAGAGCAAAAGCGGCGAACUGCCCGCAGUAAGAACCAGAAUUCAGGACGCAGUGGUCAGACUGGAGCCCUGAAACCAUCAACCAAGAAUACCAGCCCACUGAUCAGUGGCCCCAAAAAGGCCACUAAAAUAAGACAUGGCCAGAAAGAAAUCAACCCUAAAAAAGUAUGAGAGUGACAUUUCCAAAAGGAAAGACUUUCCCUGCACGACAAGGGUCGCAAUCUGGCUUGGUCGGCAUGUUUUAUUAAUCUGGAACUCAUUGACUUAAAAAAUCAUGUCACUUUCUACAUAGACCUUUUUGCUGCACUUUACUGUUAAGAGGUUUGCUUCUCCUUUCAAGUCACUGUAAGCCAUAGAGCAUAGGUUUGCACUAAUAUGAGGUAGGCAUAUUCCAACUGACUGAGCUUUAUCUUUGGGCUCUGAUUUGCAAUUCUAGAUAGAACUAGCCUUGGCUGUCAGAGCUUUUGACUCCUUGUGGCAGUUGACUGCUCUGCUUCCCUGCCAAAAGUUGGAGAGCUGCAUGGAGCAUCUCUCCUCAGUAGGUGUAAUAGUUACUGAGUUAGUCUGUGAGUUAGCUCACCAGACACAGCAGCUGAGGAACAGCAGAGGGAUGGUAACUUCUGGUAGACAUCUCGGUGAGCAACUACUGGAGCUGAAUCUAUCCACUUUUUGGAAUCAUGGCCCUUGUUCAGAGUGUUCAAAAGCAUAGUUUACCAUUAAGCAUGUGGGUAUGCAUUAUGUGAUUAUUUUUAUGUGUGUGAUGAAAAUAUGCUUACAGUGUUAGUAUUUGAUCUUGUGGGUUUGUGUAGGAAAAAUGCAUUGAAAGCACACAUUUAAUUUUUUAUGGCACUUCAGGCUGGCUUCUGUUGUUCUAAUUUCAAAUAUAUUUAAGCAUCUAAUUGAAAAAUCAAUAUUUUUUGAAAGGACAGAUUAAAGUGAAGCAGAUCUGUAGAAGUCUUAAAAGUAAAAUUUACUUUUGCUGUAAUAUAGCCUUGUUAUGAAAACUGGAAUAGAAGCUUUAUCCUAAACAUAACUGACAGGUACUAUACAGUAUGAAGGAGAAGAUAAGACUUCAUGUGGCUCAGUAAUCAUGUGGAUAAUUUUUUAUCACUUGACACCAUAUUUCUAAUCUUUCUCUGAUACCAAAUAAAUAAAUAAAUAAAUAGCCCUUAUCACUACUAA